AUGUGUGAGCUAGCACACAUCUCGCAGGUACUACUAUGGGACCCAUCGGGCAAUAACAUAGGCCACUGCGCCCUACAAUUAUCCGACGGCACCUACAUCAGUUUUUGGCCAGAAGUGCAAUACACUCGUCGUGAUUAUGUUAAGAAGUUACCGGUGAAAUCAAAAUGGUCAACAUAUAAACAGGAUAAGUGUGCCGAGAAUGACAAUGGCCCUGAUCACAAAAUAGUCAUAGAGAAUAGCAUGUUAAGUAAUGAAAGGAUCAGGGAUUGGUGGCUUAACAAUCAGUACCAAGAUUAUUGUUUGCAUAGUAAUCAUUGCGCUGAUGUGGUUUAUAAAGCCAUCAAAAUAGGGCUUAAUGAAGGAUUUGAUGAUAAAUUAGAUGAUAUUGAGAGUGCCAUAAAAGACUGGAAAGAUAGGGUACAGUCGCAUAUUACUGGUGAUGUCAUGUGGUUUAAAGGACCAAGCACACAGAAAUUGUGUAAAACCUAA